AAAGGAAGGUGAUGAGUCUGUCCCGCUAGUGACACAUACUCUUUAGGAUCCACUUAGAUCACGAAAUCAUCCGGAAAAAGACACGCACCCGCGAAAACUAAUCAGCUUGAAGCAUCAACACGAUGAAGUGGGCAGCAUUUUUGUGUUUGUGUGUAUUGGACUGUGUUAUAACAAGCUUAGGAUGUGCUGUUGGUAUCUCCACGGGCGAGCUUGUACCGUCGGACAACUCCUGUUAUCAAGUUGUCGCCCAGAGCCUCCCGCGUCAGGCUGCCUCUGAGAGGUGUGUCACAGGAGGGGGACACCUUGGGGUGCUCAGACAAAACUCGACCCUAACAGCCAUAGGGAAUCGCAUCAAACAACAGAGUGAAUCCGGAAUACUGAGCAGCACUGUAUUCUGGGUAGGAAUGAAUAUCACCAGGGGGCGUAUUCAAAGUGAAAAUGGUCAAGAAGUCCUAUUGUCUUCAAACAUUGUUCAAUCAACAGCUGAGUUCCCACAAGGACCGUGCAUCCUUCUUUCAAUAGCCUCUGGGAACCCCGAGCUAAUAUCAGCUGAUUGUUCAAGAUCAUUUUGGAUGUAUGGUUAUAUAUGUCAAUAUGCUCAAUCGUCACAAUCAGCGUUUCCGUCUAGCGGAAGAUCCGCGUUAUCUUUCUUUACUUUUAUUUUGCUUGUGACUCUUGAUCUCCUUUAGUCGAUCUUUGUCAUGUUUUUAGCUAUUUUAUUUAUUACGUGUUUGUACACGUGUGAUAGUGAAUUUUUUUUUAUGAGAAUGUUUGUAAAAUGAGUUUUAAAAAAAUAGUUAUUGUGACCUGUAAUAUUGUGUUAUGAUUUUUUUUUUAUAUAUGUGCAAACGUAGAAAGUUUUAUGUUCACUGCUGAUGUUGGAAACAAAAGAAAUCAGGAUAUGAAGGACCAGAAACUAUGCUCAAUUUUAUUUUUUAUGUGUACAUGUAUUUGAGAGCUUGGACAAGUGUGCAUGUGAAUGUGCGAGAGUAUGCUUAUUUGUAUCUGUAAAAACUUUUAUAUAUGCUAGUUCCAAUCAAAAUUAUGUUAUUACUCAACAACCCAAAUCUCUUAAUUGAUUCAGACUUGACAAAAUUUUUUUAUAAAAACCUACUGUAUAACUUUUCCCCAUCUGAUUACAUUCUUGUUUCUUUUAUUUCAGUGAUCGUUAAAAUUAUCUAUCGUCUUGCAAACAUUUUGCAAUUUCACGUUGUGAAAGGUUGUAUUUAAAACUAAAAAUGAAGCUUAAAAACACCUGGAUUUUUUUUACUUCUUUCAAAAAUGGAUGCAUAAUCAAGGCAGAAAAUGUCGAGUUAAAAUUAUGCAGGUCUACACAUUUGCAGAAAUGAAAUUUUGUUCAACCGAUACAACCACCAACUGUCUUGACGAUCCUGUACAUGUAUACAUACGUCUUUAACUUAACAUGAUGUGCUGUUUAUUUUUUGAGAAGUCUUUUAUACAUAAGAAAUAAAUCAUUAAAGCUCA